ACUGGUAGCGCUUACAUUAUGCGCAGUUUUUCCUUGAGAAAUUUGGGCAGGGUCAUGAUUUAUGAUGGUAGCCGUGCCGCAAAUUAUCAAGACACCCUGAAUAUCAAACCGACUUUCGUUCCAAGUAUUACAUUUAUUGAUGUUUGAUAUUCUGAUCAUCUAGGCAGAUAUAGCAGCAACAUGUCAGGUUUCCUAAGGAAUUUGGCCUCUGGCAUCAAUGAAAUAGUGACUGUCGCUCAGGCCAAAAUAAGCCCUUUCACUGUACAAGUCACUACAGCAGAGAAGCUUAAAGGCUCUUUCCUUGGAUGGAGGACCCUGUCUAGCUACCAGAGCUCAGCUUAUUGCUAUCAAAAGAUCAGGAGUAACCCGUGUGGCCGGCCUGUAGCCCGGGCCGCGCUAUCAUCUCGCCUGCUGACGUGCGCCAGUUCGGUGGUGAGCCACCCCUCCGGGAUAAGAACGUAUUCCACAAAGGGCCCCUGGGAUUGGGAGUCCUGGGACUCCGAUAAGUUUGCCCAUGGCAUUAAUGACCUUUUGAGCGAAACCGAAGCUUUGGUGGCUCCGUUUGACGUUCACGAUAUCGGACCCCUGAGACUAAAGGGUUGUACAGUCCUCAAGCAGGAUGGGUGCUUGACUUUAUAUCGUCGCUCUACCACCUUUGAAUGUGUCAUCACACGGCCUGAUGUUCCUGGAAAAAUGUACAGCUUGUUCCGACAGACAAGUGAGGAGGAGGCCCAGGUGCUGUACAAGUUGCUGGUGGCGGUGCUGGUGCCCAUGGUGAACAGCGGAGCUCUCCACCUGCAGGAGGAAGUGCUGCAGAAGAUCUGCGACUGCAUCAGGGAGCACCCGUCCUGGAACAGCGCUCAUGUCUCAGCUAACUUGGGCCACCACGGCUGUCUCCGACAUCCAGGAAUAAAAGAAAACAUCAACACGGUGUGCUCCACCCACUCGAUGAGCCCGCUCAUGACGGCCAUUACAGGCAAGCAGGCUCCAGCUGCAGAGGAAGUCCUCAGGCUCGGCGGUCAGCUUGGUCAGGCGGACAAACACGGCGACACUGCCUACCACUUUGCCGUGCUCAACUGCCCACCUGUUGUUGCUCUUUUAGUGGACUUUGACAAACAAGGUGUGAUCAACAGUCUGAAUGCCAAGGGAGAGUCCGCCUUAUACCUUGCAUGUGAGCGCAAGUUAACGGAGGCCACAGAGAUACUGUUGGGGGCUGGGGCGGACCCACGCGUGGCGGGCGCCGACUGUCUGCCGAUACAUGCUGCUAUUAGGUCCCGAGAUUUGAAAUCUUUUGAACUGAUUGUUUCCAAACAUCCAGAGCAGGCAAACGCCAAAGAUUACAAGACUGGAGGCAGUCCAUUGCACUGGGCCGAGGAUGUGGAGACCAUCCAGAAAUUGGCUCUGCUGGGUUGCCAGCUUGACAUUACAGACAGUAACGGUGACGCGCCACUACAUAUCAUGAUGGCCAAAAAGAAGUCGGACUGCCUGCUGGCCCUGCUGUGUCAUGGGGCAAACUGCAACCUGCUGGAUGCCAAAGGGGAGAGUGUUCUGCACAAGGCCAUCCAGGAAGACAACUUGGACCUGGUUCGUCAGUUUGUGGUUUUUGGUGCAGAUGUUAACCAAGCAUCAGGAUCAGGUGUCAAGCCCAGACAUAUGGCAGCUGUCAACAGAGGCAGAAACAGAGAAGUAGGCAGCUCGUACUCGUUCCUACGUCGGGAACAACCUGUGGGGGACACAAUCCUGUAUUUACUUCAUGUGUCGGGAGCCACGCGGUGCAGCACCUCCAUGAGUGGCUGUAACUCUGGCUGCUCGGCCGAGGGUACCGUGAACGGGACACCAGACCAGACCAUGUCCGCGCUCAUGAAACUGGACAAUGUCGCCCUGUUUGAUGAGCAGUUGUGUAGUACGGUGGUGCAUAGUGCUACAUCUCCUCAACACCGGGGCUCAGUGAUCGACAUGACAGAUACCCCUGUUUCUGCAGGUGAACGGAUCCUGUGUUUGGAUGGUGGAGGAAUCCGUGGCUUGGUACUGAUCCAGAUUUUGAUGGAAAUUGAAGCGGCGGUCGGCAGACCCAUAAGAGAAUGUUUUGAUUGGAUUGGGGGGACUAGUACUGGCGGAAUUCUGGCCAUGGGCAUUGCUAAAGGUUUUUCUCUGCCGUACAUGAAAGGUCUGUACGUGCGCUUGAAAGACGAGGUGUUCAAAGGUACCCGCCCGUACGAUCCAGCCCAGUUUGAAGUGUUCCUGAAGAGAGAGUUUGGGGAAGACACAGUCAUGACAGAUCUGAAGCAUCCAAAACUUCUUGUGUCAGCUGUUCUUGGCGACCGGUUCCCAGCAGACCUGCAUUUCUUCCGGAACUUUGAGAGAACGUUGAAUCACCCAAGCUCAUCUCCACCCAACCAAUUAGAGGCCUUAACACCACCUCAUGAGCAAAAACUGUGGGAGGCAGCCAGGAGCAGUGGGGCAGCCCCGACCUACUUCAGGGGCUAUGGCAGUUACCUGGACGGUGGCCUAAUUUCCAACAACCCGACACUGGACGUUUUGACGGAGGUUCACGAGUACAACAUGGGCCUCAAGAUGUUGGGAAGGAGUGGAGAAGCACGUCAAAUGGGCUGCGUUAUUUCCUUGGGGUGUGGCCGCCCACCGUGUGAAGAGGUGAAGAACAUGGAUGUCUUUCUUCCAGGCGGAAUCAUGGAUGUGUACAAAGCUGUUGCUGGGGCCACAGCCCUGGGCAGGCUCAUGGUAGACCAGGCCACAAUUUCUGAGGGCCGCCCCGUGGACAGAGCGCGUGCCUGGUGCAGCAUGAUCAACGUGCCGUAUUACCGCUUCUCUCCCUUGCUGUCCGAAGACAUCAGCCUGGACUGCCACGACAUCCAGGUGCUGAUCAACAUGAUGUGGCAGACGCACUGCUACAUGGUGGCCAACCGGCACCGGGUACGGGAAAUAGCCUCGCUGCUCCAGCCCAGAAAAGCGGCAGGGGACAGUUAAAGCUGCUGUUGUAAAGCGCAUGAAGCAUGCUGUAGAGCGUGGAUAUGCACUAUAUAAAUGCAAUUUUUUUAAUUAUUAUUAUUAUUCUCAAAGGUUUUUGUAAUUUGUCAAGUAUAGCGAUAUGCGCCUAUCAGGAUGAAUCUCUGCAAGUCCCGCUGGGCGUACUAACAUGGUAGAUAGUUUCCAGACGGGGAAACUCUUGUGUAGUCCUGUGAUUUUUCUGUGGAUAAGCAGUUUAACUUUAACUUUUACCUCUUAUUGGUGUAAGUUUUCUGAUGUCCGGGUUACUGCCAGAUUCGCAUUUAAGCUAUUAUCUUGGUCAUAUGCAUGAGAUUAGAACAAUUUAAAUUUUACUUCCCUUGUAUAUUUAAUAUUCAUCGGUAUGUAUUUAUUGCGUUUAUCUUGAAAGCUACAGGAGAUGUGGGGGUACAGGGAGGUAGGAUUGUUUUACCUCACUCUCUUAGGGAUACGCUGUCUAGUCUGUGUUGGUCCUUUUGGUUCACAGUAUUGCUCUUACCUGACAGUUACAGAGAUGCAUCAUUUCCCUUAAGGGUGUAUUAUACUUACAGUUAGACUGGACAAAUUUGGCCUCAGCCAGCCUGCAACUGGUCAUAAGACUUGUUUACUAUUAACGGCUAACUGUCAAACGAGGAAAAUAAUGAAGUGACAAUUGGGGACCUGAUGUAGUUAUGGUGAGAAUACUUUUUAGUGUUUUUAAGAAAACAGCGACAAAAAGAGUCAUUCAUGAGUCAUUGCGGUUUUUUUUAUAAGCUGAUUCCAAAUGAUAUUGAUUUUUUCACAAUAGGGCAUAGUUCUGAUAAGUUUGAAUGGGAAUUUAAUUGCCAGCCCACGACAGACUCUCUGGUCACAACAGCCUGAUUUUCAUGGCUUUAGUACAGGUGAAAGAACUGGCUAACGGGGUCUGGUAAAUUUUCUUAUUACAAAGUGAAGAUGGUUAGAAGGCCAGCUGAUGUUAAACAACUGUCAGUGUCAACUCUGAGAGGCUCCCUGCUAUCUCAUCAACAAAUGCAAAGAGCUGUCUGUAGAAAUUUUCCUUGCUUUAUUUCAUCUUUGAGUUACAGUUUGUGUGAUUCUUGUUAUCAAUGUAUUUCUCUUUUUUCUCAUGAUUUUCCUUUCACUGAUAUUUAUGGGGCUGUGGUUUAAAAGUACCUUAAGAUUUGUUUGAACUUUUGUUUGCUUACUUCAAAUUCAUGUUGCUUAUGUAUGUGAUAUUAAAAUGAAACCUUUUUUUUAUUUCUAGUUUUGCAAAGGUUAUUGGGGUUUUCUUUAUUGUUUUGUGGAAGUGUUAUCAUAAUAAGAAUGCUGUGCUACCAUAUUAUCUUAUGUUUGUUGAGAUGCAAAUUUUUUUGGGGGGUAUUUUGACAUUGUCCAUUUGUCUGUUUAUCAGAAUUAACGUUGGUUUACAUUCUUUCCCUGAUUAUUUUGAGGACUUUUACAACAACAUUUAGUAUUACCAAUGAAAUAUGAGAACACACGUGAAUUUUAGUUCAUGAAUUCGAAUUCCAUAACAAAACACUGAAAAGUACACAAGUUGUUCAUUGCUUUGUGAUUCUCCCUGACUGUCGAAGCCACAGGUUAGUCAUGUGAACAAUUGUGGAGUCUAUUAAUACCGAACACUGUUAAUCCGAAAACGACACUAAACCAACAGAAAAUAGAAUCCCCAAUUUUUUUCAGUGCUAUUUUAGCAAAAACUCUCUAAACCAAAGAAAAUCCAGCUGCCUGGCAGAUUUUGGAAUAGGCCGACUCCAUUGUAUGUGAAAAGAACAAACUGAUUUUUAAUGGUAUUUUUCCCUUCUAAAAUUUGGUAUACAAUGUUAUUUUAGGUAUAGACUUUUACUGUGUCCAAUAUGACCCGUACAAAGUGAUAUUGACUCCAUUUCACACGCACUCAUUGCUAGGGGCUGCUAUUUUGAGCUAGGGUGGCAAUGGUAGACAUACCUUUUUUUUUCCAUCUAUCCUUUUGUAUCUUUGUGUCUUGCACCUACCUUGCUGGAUAGUAAUCUUUGGUUUGAGGGCUUCCUUCUUCAUACCUAUUAUUUUGCCUGCUCUCCUGCUUUCCCCUGGUGCUGGCUGCCCUGGUUUGAAUCCAUAACAGGACUUUCUUGAAAUCUGGUCAUUUGCUGGACUUUUAUAGACGUUAUAUUCACAUGGUUUCGUGUACCAGAUGAAUACUGAAUGAGAUGUCCCACCUCAUAAAUUACCUUACUGUUUUGGAAGGAGUCAUGAACUCACAACAGACCUCAAAUUUCCCUAGUUCCUCUGGACCCUCAUUACGAGAAGAUACUUCUCUUGAGCCCAAACAGAGGACAACUAGUGCAUUAAGAAUCUUUGUAUCUGCUUUUUUUUUAUUCCCCAAAG